AUGUGCCCAUCCUGGGACUGUGUUGAUGUUGGGACCUGGGUAGAAGGACCCAACAAAACUGAUCUCAUGUCGGUAUGGAAAGGCCCCGCGGAAAAGUCUUGCCACAUAGGGGCCUGCAACCCUAUGUUCUUCAACCUUACAGAUCCCUUAGCUGACUAUUGGGAUGAGGGACUCAUCUUUGGCCUCCGUCUCUACGUCUCAGGUCGAGACCCAGGGGUUAUGUUUGCCAUUAAAAAAAUACCCGUAGCAGUGCUCGAUCCCCUAAUACCCAUUGCCUGGCUGGCAGGAACACCAGAUCCAUUGUUUACGCGUACUCCUGUGCACCCAUCGCCUCCCCUUCCUACACACAAGCUCCUUAGGCGCUCAUUACCUCUUGGCACUGCAAGAACCAGCCCAAAGCCCUUGUUAGCCUCCCCCAGCCUCACCACCAUAUUUUCCAUAUUAAAUUCAGUGCACUCCAUCCUUAAUGACUCCCAGCCAGAACUAGCCAAAAAUUGCUUGCUGUGCUUGAAAAUGAAGCCUCCUUAUUAUGUUGGAGUAGGCAUAGAUCAGCCUAUCCUUGUAGACUCAAGGCAUGCUUGUAAAAACGCUGGCUCCCCCAGAAUUACCUUAGGAAAUAUAAUUGGAAAUGGCUCAUGCCUUUUAAAAAUGGAAACAGGAAAGACCAGGAUUGCUAUGCCACCCGUCUGUGUUUCCAGUACCUUUGUAAUUGAUAGUGCAUUUUAUACUGCUCCCCCUGACACCUGGUUUUACUGUAGUAACACUCUGUAUCGCUGCGUGUCUGGAGCCGAGAUGCAAAGCACCUGCAUUCUCGUGCAAGUAUUUCCCCAAAUGUAUGUGCUGGACGGUCAGGCAGACUUCACUUUCAGAAACAUGCCAGAGGUAGGUGAUCUGCUCAGACGCAAUAAGGCCCUUCAACACCUGGUGCCUUUCGUGGUUCCCGUUUUCCCCGGAUUAAGUGUAGCAGGAACGGCAGCCCUAGCGGCGAGUGGUGCUGACAUUCAGUUCCUCACUAAGUCAGCGGACACAGACAUCAACGGCUUUCACCGUUCCAUAGAAACGUUAGCUCAAGAAAUGGACUCCCUAGAAGACGUAGUGUUACGGAAUGAAUACGGCCUGAGAAUACGUUUCAUGGCUCAGGGCAACUUUUGCGUAGGCCUUGGGAGUAGCUGCUGUUUCUAUGCAAAUGAAACUGGCAUUAUCAGAGAUGCCUUUUGGUCACCCAUAGAAAAGGUGAAGUCAAGAAGGCAUAGAAAUUAA